CCGGGAAUGACUCGUUUCCUGCUUUGAUUUGUUGACAUAUUUUUCUUUAUUCUGCUGGCACCUCAGCUUACCAUGGUACAAAUGAAGAACUGUAGACAUGUGACAAACUAUACUCAAUAUUGAUUUGACUUGAAACAUCUUACAUAUUUUCCAACUAGAACUAUAUGCAUAUGAGUUCAAAUGACCUUCCAAUAAACUUCUGAGUAUCUAUGCCAGUAACUAAUAAGUCCCAACAAAUCUGAAAUCCGUACACCAAUUCAGAUGAACAACAUAUAAUCGAAGUAAAAUCAAGAGAAACCAGAAGAAAUAUACAAAAAUUAAACAUGGGUAUAAUAAAUCUACGAAUUCCAAUGGACAUUUGUUACGGGUCUAUGUCCUUGUUCUUAACAAUUUUACAUAAUGUCUUUCUAUUAUAUCAUGUUGAUAUGUUUGUGACAGUUUACAAAAUCGACAAAACCUCAUUUUGGAUUGGAGAAACAAUUUUCCUGAUUUGGAAUUCCUUUAAUGAUCCACUUUUUGGUUGGCUCAGUGAUAGUAAAUAUCUCAGCAAUUCUGUUUCCACAACUCAAGACAUUGUUAUGCAACGGCUGAAUAAUUUAUCUAUAAACGGUCCCUUGUUUACGUUGACAUUUUUAAUGUUUUGGUUCCCAUGGGGAUAUCCAUGGUUACAGUUUAUUGUUUGUUUAUGUUUGUAUGACACGUUUUUAACCAUGAUCGACCUCCAUCACUCAGCUUUACUUGCCGAUCUUGCAAUAUCGUCAGAAGCAAGGACGAAGUUAAAUGCCAAGAGUUCAUUAUUUAGUGCUCUAGGGUCAGCGUCUGUGUUCUUGUCCUACAUUUUAUGGGACAAAUCUAAUUUUACCUCCUUCAGGAUAUACUGUGUUUGUAUAUCUGUUGUUUCCUUACUUGGAUUUACUGUGAUGGCUAGUGCAAUGAAACAGUCUUAUGCUAAAGAACAUCAUGUACAUAAUAUAACAACCAGAAAGACAGAGUCUCAUGAAAGACCAGAAGAAACAGCAUCACCACAAAGCAAGUCUAUUUUAGUCUUUGUCAAACAGCUUAUGAAACACAAGAAUUUUAAAUAUUUCUCUGUGAUGAAUCUAAUACAGGUUUUCCAUUGUCAUUUCAACAGCAAUUUUUUCCCACUCUUCCUAGAGAACCUAUUAGGUGGUUAUAGUUCUGGUUUAGGAGCUUUUCUUAUAGGAAUAUCUUUUCUAGCACCACAUAUCAACAAUUUAUAUUUCCUGUCCCUGUGUAGAAGGUUUGGAGUCUAUAAUGUGAUAAAUCUGCUGUUUUUUGUCAAACUGUUGAUCAGUAUAACAAUGUUUGUUGCAGGACCAAAAAAUAUAUGGUUGCUAUGCCUUUUUGUAGCUAGUAAUAGAGUAUUCACAGAAGGAACAUGUAAAUUAUUAAAUCUAGUCAUCAGUGAUUUAGUGGAUGAAGAUUUUGUAUUACAUAAACGUAAAAAGGCUGUGUCAGCAUUAAUGUUUGGUACAGCUGCACUCGUCUCUAAACCAGGACAGACAUUUGCUCCAUUGCUUGGUACAUGGCUGUUAGCUUUACAAACAGGUCAUGAAAUUUUUCAACAAGGAAGUAGUGUUAGUGGAGACAUAACCAGUCCAAACCCAUUAUUUCUGGAUCAGCAAAGACAUGGAAUCUUUAACAUGCUUGUUUAUGUACCAAUUGUAUGUGCCUCAUUGCAGCUGUUUAUUUGGUCUCGGUUUACACUGAAGAAUGAUAGACUGAAAUGGGUGAAGUCUGCUCGGUCAGGGGCAGAGCAUUCUAUUGUUUAGAUACCUUUUCGAAUAAUUUUGUCGUUUGGGUAUACUCAUUAUUGGUGUUCAUUAAUUGAAAGAUUUAAAAUCAUCUUGGUGCUGUAAUUGGAGAAAUCGUGAUAUUAAUUUAAUUUUUUAUGAUUAAUUUGAUAUCUUAUCUUUUGCUUGUUUAAGAAAGAGAAAAAAUAGUAAAAGAAAGGAUUGACUUGUUAACCUUAGUGGUAAUUAUUGUCAGUAAAAUGCAUUGAAAAAUAUUUUCUUUUUUAAUCACAAUUAUCACUAUUAUUUGAAAUUUAUGGGUUGAAAGCUGACCAAAAAUAAAAACCUGACCAAUUUACAUGAAGAUUGAUUAUUCCAAAAUUGAAAUACAUGAAGUAUAUACUAUUUUAACAAGCAAUUUUCUCACAAAGCUAUUAGAAACAAGUUUUUGUGAAAGUGAAAUAUAUGUAUUCAUUUAUCAUGUUUAUAGCAAUAUGUAUUUAAUAUCAAAUCAAAUAGUGUGAUAAGAAUACCAUUCAUUGGUGAUAAAUGUUGAUAUAAACUUAAAUUUGUAGUGUUAAAAAUUUACUAUAAAUCUUAUAUCUAUUUCUGAAAAAAUUGUAAAUUACAUAUACUUUGAAAUGUCCCUACAGAAAUUAAGGUUCAGAAGGUAUUUAAAAAACAGUACCAUAUAUAUUUUGUAUGCCAAUCUUUCAAUGUGAAAUUAUCUCCCUUUAUUUCUAUAAUUUUCUUCAGGGUCUUUUAAACUUUUUAACCUAUUAUUUAUUAAUCAAAGCCUCAGCUAUUAGUUCUUUUUUAUAACAUGUUUAUUAGAUUUCCUAUAAUCUGGGUAAUAUACAACAAUCAAAUGUAAAACACUAAAAAGCAUAGAUUGAUUGUAAGCCUUUGUUUGAAAUGUAUCUUAUUUAUGAUAAUAUGGCGUAUUGGGGUUUGCAUUUUGAUUUUAGCAUGUUUAAUCAUAUAUGCUAACUUGUCUAAUAACAGACAAUUUUCUUAUUUUAUUGUUAUAUACAACUUUGCCAUGUAAUACUGUGAUAAGAGUUUAAAGUAUAUUUUUUAUACUGAUGAUGAUGCCUAAUGCUGAUGGGGUAUAGCAGGGAUUUUAAUAUAAAUGAAAGAAAUGUUUAAUAAUUUACCAAAAUGUAGUUUGUAUCAUGCUAUUUUAUGCCCACUUUAUGGACAUUGUGUUUUUUGGUGUGCAGUUCAGUUAAUUGUCUGUCUGUUUCUAUGUUUGUUCCUCCGUCUGUCCUACGUCAGUUUAAAGUUUGUAGUCCAGGUAGUCUUUGAUGAAAUGUAAAUGUUAAGUCCAAUCAAAAUGAAAACAUUUCCCUAUGAAAUGAUCUUCCUAAUGUUAAUGCCAAAGUAAAAUUUUGACCCCAAUUUCACAGUCCACUCAACAUAGAAGAGAAUAGUACAUAUGGGGUAUCAAUGUACUAUGGCCACAUUCUUGUUUUAAAUCUACAAUAAAAAGUAUGGGUAACAGAUUUAUUUACUAGCUACAGGCUGUAUAGAUUAUACAUCAUGUACAUGAACAAACCUUUUUUGUGUGAUAGAAAUAAAUUAAACAAUAGAAUUUUAAAAUAAAAUACGAGAAAUAUUUUUAUAAUGUGCUUUCACAAAAAAAUAAAAAUAGAGAUAGGGGUAACAUGAUUUUUUUUCUUGCUUCAAAACAAGAGGUUAAUUCCCUACAGUUUCUUAAGUUAUCUCCUCUCAGAAUGCAAAGUAACAAAGAAUCAAAUUGUACAAAAAAUGUUGUGUAUCUUUCAAAAAGAAUUGUAUAAAUAAGAUAAAACUUAAGAUUUUUUUUCUGCAUUCAGAUAAAAAGUUACACAAAUGAGUUCCACUCCUGUCUCAAAAGUUGUAGAUUUUAUCAAUAUCUAGAAAAAUUGUGAUUUUAAUUUUAAGAUGGUGUGUGACACCUGAUCUACCUAAGUACAGAAAAUGUUUAUAAGCAUUAUUGUUAAUUGUUUUACUUGUAAAAUUUGGUAGAUAAUUUAUGAAAUAUACAGGGUUUUAAUCUUUUUUAUUUAUUUAUCUUUUGUACUUCUGUGAAGUAUUUUAAUUUAUAUCAAUAUAUAAUGAAUAUUAUUAAGAAAAUGUUCAUAAUUGGUCAAUGAUAUAAUUUUAAAUGUACUACAAAUGUAUUCUGAAAAACAUGCUUAACCUAAGCUAUGAAAGUGUAUUUAUGUAACAUAGUUAAAGCUUAUCAGUUUACAUAGAGACGUAACCAUUUAUACUAGUUAAAAAGUUUUGUGAAAUCCCACCAAUCUAUGAUAGUAAAAAAUCCAUGUAAAAUAAAGAAAUAUAAUACUGAACAUAAACACUAUGAAAAACUUUAUAUGUAUGUACAUAUUUACAUUUGUGGUGUUUGGUUAAACAAUUUGCCAUUUGAAUACUUCUGUAGUUUAGUAUCUGUUAGUCCCAUUUACAUGUGAUUAAGAUUUGCAUCAACCUUUUUUAUGAGUUUAUCUCACAUAUUAUAUUUGAUGUAAGAUAGAGUGCUUUAAUAGUUCUGACUUAAACCUUUAUAUGCCCUAUCUACUAAGUAUAACUGUAAAUUAUACAUAGUUUUACCUUUUCUGUACUUUUAAUAUUGUAAAAUAUGAGAUUCAGGAACUUUUAUUGAAUGGUGCCUGUUUAUUGCAUGUAGUUUAAAUUUUAAUUUUGAGUUAGAAGUAUGUUUUUUUUUUCAGGCAAAUUAAAUGUAAAUCUGUAAAAUAUUUCAGAUUUUGAUGAAAUUUUGUACUUAUUGAACUACAUCUGAAUAGCUAAAAAAUAUGUUAAAGUAACAUUAUGUUUCAAAAGAUACAUUUAAAACAGAUUUGUGAAGGCGUUGCAUUUCAAUGAAUAGAAUGUUUGUAAAAAGGGGCAUAACAUAUAUGCAUUAAUCCAAUUCUUAAUGUGAUUUAUUGAAAAAAAUGUUGGAAAAAAGGGGUUGUCAAUUGAUUUGCUUUUACUGAUAUCUUGGAUAUUUUCAAUUGUAUUUGUUUUAUCCUUUUAAAGACAAGGCAUGUCAUUUAAGGUAACCUUAUUUUAAAUGGACAUAAAAAAAAGUCAAUAAAUGAAUUUAUUAAUCAAGUAACAGGACUUGUCUGGGAAAAAAUACAAAAUUUAAUUAUUAGGUUUGGGCUAAAAUAAUACAUUUAAAUUAGCCAACACAUUGUAAAUAUAUUGCUAUAGGGUCACACAAGAUUGGCAUGCUCUUAUAAAAAAUAUCUUCCAAGGAUUUCUUUAUAGUAUUUGGGGUAAAUUUCUUUUCAUUCAUUGUCUAACCAGUCCCAUUAAAUAUUGUGCAAAAGGUAUAUAAAAAAAGGGGGGGGAAAGCUAU